AUCCAGCCGAAAUUCUGGCCUUCUGGCCGGUUCCCACAUGGGGAUAAAUUCAGUAGCUCGGAUGCUUAUGAUCGUAAAACGUCAAGCGAUUUUGAGUGUUGACGUCUCAGAACUAGAAAAGUUCCUUUAAAUGUUUUCGACCACCAUGCUCCGCCGCGACGUUCUGCGGCUUUACAAGCAGCUGUUGCGGACUGGAAGGACUUGGGCCGCGGAAACCCCAGAGAGAACUCAGGAGGAACAGUUCUACAUAAUCUCCGAAACCAAAGACAUCUUUAAAAAGAAUAGAAAUAUACAAGAUCCUCAAACGAUCAAGGAGUGCUUGAGAGAAGGACAGUCAAGGUUGGACCUAGCGCUCCACUACCACAACCCCUACCCGAGACCCGUGAACCUGGCACAGAGUGCGUUGUCACCAAGCCACGCAAAACACCUCAAGUCCCAACAGAAACUGUGGAAAGCGUCGAGACCCAUCUACAUCCGAUCCAUCGAUUCCGACAGCAGUCCGCCCGAUAAGAAGUAACUCUGUCGUGCGCUUGGGUUGUGUAGGUGGCAAGCUUUUUAAGACGGCAUUACUCUUCAUCGUAAUUUAUUAGACGAAUUUGAGCGUGCAGCUCAAAAGCGGAUCGAGGUCUCGGAUGAAUGAAUUGUGAACAAAUGUUUGGGCCAAGCCAGACUGAUUAAUUCACGACGCAAUUAGAAGCGCAGGCAAAUAUUGAAAGGCACUGCUGUAAACAUGACGUCUGCGUGUUUCUUUAUUCUAUGCAAUGCUCUCCAUCUAACUUGCGAACAUUUCAUUACUUCUUUGCUGCUAGCACAUAUUUAAAAGAAAUGUCCUUGUCACAUAGCUGCGUUAAUAAAAACCUUUCUCCGCAGGAAAUGUGUUAAUGAAUGUUGGCAAAUAUGGUGUACAUUUACUGGAGGGGUUGCUGCUUAGAGUAAUAGUGUAAGGCAUGUUUUCUUUCAACUCCAGCUAGGCAUCCCGGAAAUGGUCGUGUCGCUAUUCAUUGUACACGCUAGUCCAUGUUCCCAAACCAGCUUACCUUGGAAAAGUGAAUUGCACUCUAAAUAUUCCAUGUCAUAAUUGCCUGUUUAGUUAAAACAAACAGAAUUGGCCUGCAUUUUAACCGUUUCAAUGAAAUCUUUCAAAAUAAUAUUGCACUGUGGCACAGUGCACCAUAAACUGGUACAAACUAUGUGGUGGACCACCACGUGAAUAGAAUAAAGCUAAAAAAACCAUUGUAUUUAUCUCUAAGUAAUGUCAUACAAUCAGAUUAAAGUAAGCCAGCUGUAAUAGGCCUAAAUGUUUAUGACGUUGGAAGCAUCAGUGUCUCGAGUAGAAUCGUAUUGCAAAAAGGUAAGGCGUGCAUUAUGAAUCCUUGCCAACCUUUUUGCAUUAUGAAUCCUUACCAACUAGCUCAGCUUUCGGUCGUUCUAAAUCUCGAGUGGACUGGUGUAAACAUUGCAUCAGCCUGCAAGGUUCCGAAUUGUAAACAUCAAACAAAUUGGUUAAAACUAAAAAAAUUAAUUUAGGGUUUUCCAUGCCAAAACCACUAUACAGUUAUGAGACACACUGUAGUGCGGGACUCCAAAUUAAUUUUGACCACCUUUGGGUUCUUUAACGUGCAAUUAAACUUAAGUAUUUUACCCCAUUGAAAUGCGGCCACCGUGGCAGGCAUCAAACCGUGACCACAAUCUUAGCAGUGCAGUGUCGUAACCACUGAGCUACUGCAGGGGGUAAACAAAUUGGUGAUGCAUAAAAGUGCCACAGUAGAUCAUGUGAAGUGUGUCUUGGGUCUUUUUGCAGGAGAAUAAAAACUUGUUGGAGCAUA